UAAGUAGCGAGUCCGAACAUCCUCAAGCAGCCGAGCUCCGAGAAGUCACCAGGAGUAUCAAGUAUACAGAAUGGACGACGGAGCAAAAGAAGCGAAGGAGAAGGAAAGCCAGUUGAUCGACGCCUUUUUGGAGAUCUCGUCAUCAUCGAGAUCAGUGGCCGUCUUCUUCUUGGAGAGCCACAAUUGGGACCUCGAUGCAGCCCUCUCCGCCUUCUUAGACAACGACUCCGCCCACCGUAGCCCCUCUCCUGCUCCCGCUCCCGCUCCCGCUCCCGCUCAUUCUCCCUCUCCCUCUCACUCUCCUCCUGCUUCUGCUUCUGCUUCUCCGUCUCAGUCGCAAUCUCAGUCGGAGGAUCAGUCGUCGCCGUCGCGCUCCCGCUCGCCGUCCCCGGGACCGACUAGGCCUCGGGAUCCGUACCAGCUCCGAUCUAGGAAGGCCAUGGCUUCUUCUGCUUCCGGCAGGAAGGUUCCGCCGAGGGGUCGUGGUGGUAUUCGAACGCUUUCUGAUCUGAAUCGGACGGCUGGAGAUGGCUCCGAUAGCGAUUCUGAUGGACAGGAGUAUUACACUGGUGGCGAGAAGAGUGGAAUGCUUGUCCAAGAUCCUUCCAGUGCCAAUGAUGUGGAUGCCAUUUUCAAUCAAGCAGGACAGGCUGGAGCUGUGCAAAGGCCCAUUGAUCAUCUUCCCCCAUCUUCAAGCUCAAGAAGCUUCACUGGAAUGGGGAGGUUACUCUCAGGAGAGACUGUGUCUUCCACUCCUCAGCCUCCUGCAUCUAUCACUCACAACAUCAUUUUUUGGAGUAAUGGAUUCACUGUGGAUGAUGGUCCUCUGCGAAGAUUGGAUGAUCCUGAAAACGCAUCCUUCUUAGAGAGCAUCAAGAAGUCCGAAUGGCCUGAAGAGUUUGAACCAGCAGAUAGGAGGACUGCAGUCAAUGUUAAUCUUGUGAGGAAGAAUGAAAAGUUCAUUGAACCAGAGAAGCCACACCCUCCAUUCCAGGGUGUAGGAAGAACUUUAGGCUGCAGCAGCAGCAACCCAGCAGGCCCUGACCCAACUGUUCCUGCCACUCCCUUUAACACUGCUCCAGCUCCAUCGAUGGGUCUAGUUGUAGAUGAGACAUUACCAUUAACCUCAAUUCAGCUGAGGUUGGCAGACGGUACACGAAUGAUUUCACGUUUCAACUAUCACCAUACAGUCAGAGACAUCCGUAACUUCAUUGAUGCAUCAAGAUCCAGUGGGCCAAGAGAUUAUCAACUGCAAACAGUGGGGUUCCCUCCCAAGCAACUUACUGAUCUGGACCAGACGAUAGAGCAGGCUGGCUUAGCCAGUUCAGUUGUUAUCCAGAAAUUCUAGCAGGUUGCAUAAGGUUUUAUAAUUUCCUCGAGUAGGCCAAAUGCAAUAUCACUUGUUUGCUGGAUGGGAUUCAUAUGAUACCCAAUAACUCCUCUUCAUCAACUCCAUAGUAUUUUGGGAGUAAAUUUCAUUCUUGAAGCAAGAGAUCAUCCAUGUUAAUAAAAAAACAAAAAAAAAACACACAAUAAAUCUGAUGUGCAUUCGGUUUAA